AAAGGCUGCAGUCGUCCUAGAGGAGGUGGAGUCUUAAAUCUUGCGCAGGCGCGUUAGGUCCUGGUCGCUAUGAGGGUUCUUGUGGGUGGAGGAACGGGCUUCAUUGGGACAGCCCUAACCCAGCUGCUGAAGGCCAGGGGCCACAAAGUGACGCUGGUCUCCCGAAAGCCAGGGGCCGGUCGGAUCACGUGGGAUGAGCUCGCCACGUCGGGGCUGCCCCGCUGCGAUGCCGCCGUCAAUCUGGCGGGAGAGAACAUCCUCAACCCUCUCCGCAGGUGGAAUGAAGCCUUCCAAAAAGAGGUUCUCAGCAGCCGCCUGGAGACCACCCAAAUGCUGGCUAGAGCCAUUGCCAAGGCCCCACAAUCCCCCCAGGUCUGGGUCUUAGUCACAGGUGUAGCUUACUACCAGCCCAGCCUGACUGCCGAGUACGAUGAGGACAGCCCAGGAGGGGAUUUUGACUUUUUCUCCAGCCUUGUAACCAAAUGGGAAGCUGCAGCGAGGCUUCCUGGAGAUUCUACACGCCAAGUGGUGGUGCGCUCUGGGGUUGUGCUGGGCCGUGGAGGCGGUGCCAUUGGUCACAUGCUGCUGCCCUUCCGCCUGGGCCUGGGGGGCCCCAUGGGCUCAGGCCACCAGUUCUUCCCCUGGAUUCAUAUCAGAGACCUGGCAGGAAUCCUAGCCCACGCCCUUGAAGCAAGCCACGUGCAAGGGGUCCUGAACGGAGUGGCUCCAGCCUCCUCCACUACCAAUGCUGAGUUUGCCUGGGCCUUGGGCGCAGCCCUGGGCCGCCCAGCCCUCAUCCCUCUCCCCAGCACGGUGGUACAAGCUGUCUUUGGGCGAGAACGUGCCGUCAUGCUGCUGGAGGGCCAGAAGGUAGUCCCAAGGCGGACACUGGCUGCUGGCUACCAGUAUUCCUUCCCAGAGCUGGGGGCCGCCUUGAAGGAAGUCAUAGCCUAGGUGGGGGAGGCUCAAGGAAGGGCCUGAGGCCUGUCCCUCAGCUGGGGCUUCCUAAUGAGAAACUAUGAGCUCAGGUUCUCCUCUGCUUAAAACCUGAAACCAUCUGGUUCUUAGGGAGUCCUCUUUCUUUCUCAUUGUCCCGUUGCCUCACCUUAUUUAACUGAGAGACUGCGCUGUUUCAAGGUUGCAAUCUCAUCAAGUUGGGACCUUAACCUCUUCAACUGCUCCUAAAUAAAUUCCCAAGUUUGGUUUCCCUGCAUGUCCUGUUCCUGGCCCAUUUCUCCUUUUUGCUGUGUAGAGAAUAUUCUGCAGUUUGGGCAAUAAAGA